UGAAUUCUUAUUAUUUGAACAGUUUGUUUCUUAGGUAUAGUUAUGGAAAUUACUUCUGAAAAAUCUGACAUCUGAAGUAUGAAGAGCUUUCCUUGGCAACAAUUCUAUACAAGGUUGGAAAUUGACUUUUACAAGGAGUGUAAAACCAGGAGCCUGAUGUUUCAUAAAGAAUUGAAGCUAUUGCCAAGCACCUCAUAAAAAAUGCUGUCACAAUUGGCUUACUCUGCUGUUGGAAAACAUCAGCGACUGGCAAGAUUCUUUUACCAGCAGCUUGCUUACUUCAGUAUUUCACCUUACAGGUCUCUCACUCAUUACGAGUUGCUGGGUUUGCAGAAGGAUUGCUCGCAGACUGAUGUGAGAGAUGCCUUCGUGCGGCUGUCAAAGGAGUGGCAUCCAGACAAACAGUCUCAAGAUGUUGCUGAGAGUCAACACAACAAGUUUAUUGAGCUGAACACAGCUUACUCUGUGCUCAGCAAACCUCAGAGUCGGGCGUUUUAUGACGCGCAACUGCGAGCGUCAGAGCGAGGCUACUAUGAAGUCUAUGGCAGCUAUAGAGUGUACACGGACGCCCCUAAGGAGAGAGUGGUUCACAGGCAUCCUUCGUCUUAUGAAAACCACGAAGGAGGCAACGACACGGGCCGCGGCUACUACGGCCUGUCUUUUAUCAAAGAAAAACUCCCCAACUCGACGGUUGUGUCUAUUGUGCUGGCCUUCUUUUUCGUCGGCUGUGUCGCCCAUUUCUACAUCGCACAAGUUACAAGCAAUUACUACAAGAACGCGGCCGAGCGCCGCAGCCGUGUCCUCGCCCAGAGCUACAGUGAGGUCCGAAAGCGCGCCCUCGACAGCGACAGACAUGCUCAGCUGCGCGACUUUCAGCAGGAGCUCGACCAGCAGACGGGCACUUCCCUCAGCAACGAGCAGAUGCACCUACGCAACAAGAAGUUCCUACAGUCCUUGACUGAGACCGCGACCUGAGGACGCAUGGGGGUCGGACUUCUGGACCAGAAGUCCUGGGCCUAUACUUUAAAAAAAAAAUUAGGAGAUCGUA